GCUGGCGAACCCAAUGGAAUGGGAUACAAUUCGCAUGAAGAAUGCACUAUUACAGUACCCGAGGGCUGGAUAGACAUUACAUGCUAUUGGCCAUACGCAUUUGCCAUCUGUGAAAAAGCUGCAAUGUUUGGCAUUUUAUUCAGGAUAAAUGAUGGCUGCUCGAAUGACGUUGUACCAUUCUCAAUGUGGACGCAAUCCCGAGUCAGAUGCGCUCGUGCAUGCUGGGAACAUACUGGGUGUUCGUCGUUUAAUUGCAUCAAACAUGCCGAAUUGCAUUUUGAAUGUCAAUUGAUACAAACAAAGUUCAAUGUAAACACGCAUGAGGAUGACGAAUGUGCCACUUAUCAAAUGAUCUAAAUUAUAUUUAACAUAAUUUAAUUACUUCAUCACACUUGAUAAUAAUUGAAAUGAUA